CCCCCCCGCCGUCGCCUUCCGCCAAUGGGAGAAAGCCCGCGGGCCGGGCCGACGAGGCACACGGACCCCACGAGCGCGGCGGCGGCGACAGCGGCGAGCCAGGCAAGACCACAACAUGGCGGCGGGCAGGCCGGACCGAGCUACAGCAGCGGCCGCGCGAGGAAGUGAGGUCUCCGGCGAAGGCGGGAAGCGCUGCCCCUCCCCCCGUCGCCGCUCCCCUAUCACCCUCGCACAGAACCUCCCGCACACUCACACGCCUCUGCUCAGGAGUCCAGGAAGAGUAGGAGCCGCCCCCGCGCUCCUUCGGAGUCGGGCAAUGCAGAGGCCCAGGCACGGCGGAGGGGAGGGGGAAGCGUGCGUCACGGAGAACGGAGCGCGCGCGAAGCGGGGGCACAAGCAAGAUGGCGGCCACGCCGUUUGCACCGUCUCCCCUUUUCCCCUCCCCCUCCCCUGGCGCCUGGACUCCCAGUAUCGUGCAGCGCGCAGAAGCUGUGCUGCUUGAGGUCUCGCGAGAAUUGGGAAGGGGCGACGACAGAGUGAA